AUGCAGAGCUAUUCUCUGUCAUCCGCGCCUCCUCCCGGCCCCAAGAACUACGUCUUUGUCGAUGAGCAUAACCGACAUAAGCGACUCAAGGUAAUGAGAGCCUGUGAAGGAUGUCGUCGACGGAAGAUCAAGUGCGACUCUGCCACAACCAACACAUGGCCUUGCGCCGCCUGUGUUCGGCUGAAACUUCAAUGCAUCCCUCCGGCGGGAGGAUUGGACGGUGAUUCAGGAGAUAUUGGGCCGGGGAGUGCUGCCGAAGAGACGGGCGGACCGCCUUCAUACUCAGCCGCAUUAGUCGCACCUGGCCAACAACAAGUCCAGAGCUAUGCGCCCUCAGCCCCAGCCUUCCAACUCAACCAAGGAAACCCAUACUCAUACGAUGCAUACGUGACCAAUCACCAGAAGCCGUUGUUUCAAGCCAACGAAAAGACCUACGACAGCUUUUACCCCGACUCCCAUCAAAUCUCCGGGACGCUACACGACACCUUCCAGAAUGCUUCUCAAACGUAUGCGCAGACCCAAUAUGACGAGACACCUUUCAGGCAAGAGCGCGCUGGGUCUUCCCCGAUCGACCAAUUCACUGCCGAAGAUCUCAUGGAACACCUUGGGCAGCUCAAGAUUGGUGAAAGCGGAGUCGCUCCCUAUAUUCGAUCAGAAAAAAGCAGCAAAGAACUGGACCUCCCCAUUCAGGAACCUGAACCUGAACCACGAAUUGCUGCUGCCUUUAGCACCGAUGCAGGCUCUCAAAUCAGGAUCCCUCCGGCCCUGAUGCCGUCGCACGAGGACGCGAUGCAAGCCUUUGAGACGUAUUUCAACAACGUCCACCCAUACUUGCCAGUGCUGAACAGACAACAAUUCUACAAUCAGUGGCACAAUGACCAGUCAUCCAUCUCACCUCUUAUCCUGGAAGCCGUUUUUGCCAAUGCUGGUCGCCUGUCAGAUGAUCCAGCGCAAGGCGCACAGUGGCUUGCUUUGGCCAAUAAACACGAACCGUUCUUUCUGGACAGUCCACGGUUGAGCAAUCUUCAGGCCUUGUUACUUUUGCUAAAAGCGCGAGAGAGUGCCCCCAAAAGAGGUUACUACUAUCGUUCAUGGAUGACUUGUAAAACGGCAAUCACGAUGGCAAAAGAUCUCGAAUUACAUCUACACUAUGAAAUCCAUUCCUCGGGGGAGUCAUGUGGUUCCGACCCGACUGAGUGCCUGACAAAGACUCGAAUCUGGCAGACACUUCUGGUUUGCGAGACCAUGGUAGGAGGUCCGCAAGGACGAACCGAUUUCGGUGUAGACCCGAAUUCUAUUGAUAUUAGCGAAAGCCCGCCGGGCUCUGAAAUGGACGACUACGAACGGACAAUUUCGAGACAGUUUGCAUACUUCGUUCGCAACGUCCGCAACAUUCGUCUCAUCACGGACGUCCACCGCAGACUGCAACGGAAGAAGGAUUGGGCUCUGGACAAAGAAUUCGUGGCAUAUAACGCUUCCUUUCAGAAAUGGCCCGAUGAGCUUCCACCGGACUUACAACUGCCACUUCCACCGACAGGCGAGACGCCUAACGUGACUUCCCAUUUUCUGGGAAACAUGCACUCUCAUUAUCAUCUGGCCAUCGUGAUGCUCCAUCGGCCACAGCUGUCAGCGUCUCAGUCGUUUGCUGCUGAUAGUCAGUGGCGACACCAUAUGAGUGUCUGCUACAACUCGGCCAAGAUCCUUUGUCGACUACAGGAAGGAAUUCUAGCCAACUUCGAUUUGACGGGGUUGUUGGUGAUGCAAAGGGGGAUCAAUUUCACCAUCUAUGCCAUCCUAACCUGUAUCAUGAUUCACCUGGUUGCGCUUUCCUCCCCGGAUCCAGAGUUCAACUUUGAAGCAAAGGACUACUUUGUACGACAAAUGAGGAUCCUUGAGCGGUGUAUCUCUGCCUGGCCAAUGCCAGAAACAGAGGCUCAGAUCAAUGCUCUUCGAGCCGCAUUUUCAGCCGACGUCAACAAGCCCUUUGAACUCAAGGAGUCGUUUCCUCAUGGAACACCGUCUGAGAAUUCUCGCCCGUCUCCUAUUUCUCCACCGUCGUACGAUCGACAUCAGCUACCGCUGCAGUCACAGGGUCAGAAACUUGUCGACCUUCAACAGUCGCAACAGCAGCAAGCACAGCCUGGUCCGUACGGGGCACAACAUCUAAGCCAGAUGACACGACAGACCCCAUACCUCUCCACGCCGCCUAUUUCGGUUUAUGCCGCUGAUUCCAAACCUCCGACACCCUUGUAUGGCCAGAACUACGAACUGGAACAGACACCCUUUUCAAGCAUCCCAAGUUCCGCGGGUGGUUACUACCAGCAGCCGACGUCGGCGACCGAAAUUCAGUGGAAUCCGACCCCGAUCAUUGACCAAUUUGACACGGCGUUCGCUAUUCCCGCGUCGGCGCUUGCUCCUCCACCGUCCCUGUACGGGGGCAGCGGUGCAUCCCCUCCAGGGAACAUGCAAUCCAUGCAAGCGAGCUUUACCUCGACCAGCUCCCCCACCUACGGAGCGGCUUCGCUGCCGAGCUAUACCCCUCAGCAGCAACAGCCCCAACAACACUACUUUGCCGCACAGCAGUCGCAGUCAUAUCAGAAUGCGUCACCGCAAAUGGUGUCAGACUCCCAGCUGCCCAUGUCCGCCGGAACCGCGUACGCUACAACCGGAGUGGGAGGCGCGGCUAUGCUCGUGACCCCUCAACAGUGGCAGCAGAGUGUUGCUAAUGUGAUUGAUGCAGGCAGGUUGAAGAGGAGGUGGGAUUACACUCAUUAG